AAAAUCCAACCAAUGGGAUGGAAUGACAGGGGCAUGAAAGGGAAACGAGAAGAGAAGUCGCGCAAACACAUUUCUUGUGAACAGCAAUAAACGUUAGUUGUGGUGGCGAAUUCAGUCUAUAUUAAAUACAGUCAUUGAUGACGCGAUAGAAAGGCCUCCACCAUGGGUGAACCACAGCAGGUGAGUGCCCUACCUCCCCCUCCCAUGCAGUACAUCAAGGAGUACACGGACGAGAACAUCCGCAAGGGGCUCGCCCCCAAACCCCCUCCUCCCAUCCGAGACACCUACAUGAUGUUCGGCAACCAGUUCCAGUGCGACGACCUGAUCAUCCGACCGCUGGAGAGCCAGGGCAUCGAGCGGCUCCACCCCAUGCAGUUCCACCACAAACGGGAGCUCAAGAAGCUCAACAUGUCCAUCCUGGUGAAUUUCCUGGAUCUCCUAGACAUCCUGAUCAAGAGCCCUGGCAGUAUAAAGAGAGAGGAGAAGCUGGAGGACCUGAAGCUAUUGUUUGUCCACAUGCACCAUCUGAUCAAUGAGUACCGUCCGCACCAGGCCAGAGAGACCUUGAGGGUGAUGAUGGAAGUGCAGAAGAGACAGCGCCUGGAGACUGCAGAGAGGUUCCAGAAACAUCUGGAGAGGGUCAUGGAGAUGAUCCAGGGGUGCCUGGCCUCCCUGCCUGAUGACCUGCUCCAGACUGAGGGCUCGAGUGGGGCAGGGGAUGGGGUGAGGGGUGGUGGAGCGUUGGGGUUGACCGCCAGGCUAAAGACUGAGCCCAUGGAAGUGGAGGAGGCUGGGUCUAGCUGUAUGGCUGUUGGGCCACAACAGGACAAAAGCAUGGGUGGUGCUGCUAAGAAGGACAGAGUAUGGGACAAGGAUGCAGCAAUGUGUAGUAUUAUCGACGAGAUCGCCUGAGUUUUGUAUUUAGGGCUGGGGUCUCUACAGAAGGCUGCAAUGAUGAACAUUCAGAUAGAAAUGUGUUCUGUAAAACAGAUUGUCUGUUGUGAAUCGAGUCCUCUUCAUUAUAUUUCUAUAUGUUCAGAAUCAAAAUGAUUCACCAUGCUGAAUAUAGGUUUCUCUUGUUUUGGUAUGUUUGUUUCAUUGCUAUUAUUGGUUUCUGUUUAAUUGUGUUGUAUGCUUAAUCUAGUUCUGAUCACAUCCGCUGUCAGCUGUUUUAUAGUAUUUUUCACGGACUAUGAAAACACACCUUGAGUUCAGAAUUUUUUUGGGCUAUCAUUAACAUUUGGAUGCUCUUAAAAUUCAUAAUUUGAUAAGUUAAUAAAGCAAUUUCCAAGUCCUGUAACAAUUGAUUAAUUAUAUUUUAUAUGAUUCAUUUUCACUAUCAUGGUUGAAUUAGACAAUUAGGCUUACCACCCUUUUCUCUGUUAAUCUAAGAAUGGUUGUAUUAUACCACUAGUGGGUCCUGCUGAUUCCUUUCAGGUUGUCUUCAAACUGAGUCCUGGCUAGAAACCACUGUUUUCUACUUUAAAUUAUAUUUCAUACCUUAGAUGAGUCCGUGUGUGAACGAUCAAACUGUCUAUAUGUUUAGCAGCUGAUUCACUGCAUUACACGAUGUAGUCCAAGAAUGCUGAAAAGAUCUUGCACUAUGAUCAAACCUGAACUCUAUUCACAUGUCAUAACCUAAUGUGAUUGAAUGUCAGUGAUGCAGCCACUGCAACAGUCUUUGUUAGACGGGAAGGGCUUAGUCUGUGAAGCUGUGUGUGUAGCAGCUUGCAUACUUGUAGCAAUGUGAGCUAAUGUCCCAGUCAGAGGCACGCUACACUACCUCAGUCUCUGUCACUGUUUGGCUAGAGAGAGACGGAGAGACAGAGAGGUUAGUGUGUAGUGACAUACAGACACACUCCGGGAGGAAGUUUCCCCUAGCCUAGUGAACAGCAUGAGCUGGCACACACCCAAACAUUUUAGUAGAUGUUGCAGACUGACCCAGAGUAAACUGUAUAGAAAUAGUCUCACUAUGGAAAUGCUCCCAACAAUUUAGUGGGUAAAUCACCAACUUUUUGGCAACACAAUGCCCUGUACCCUAAAGAAGGCACUGUUCCUGAAAUGGGGAUUUACCCAUUCAGUUAUUGGGAUCAUUUACAUAGUGUGUGACUAGGUCUGUGCUAUGUAACUACUAAAACAUGCAGUAAGGUGAGAUUGCUCAUUGGUGGUGACAGACAAAGAAAUUGAAGCCUUAUAGAACAUGGGCUGAGCUAGUACUGCAGGCAAGCCUUUGUUGUGUAAGAUAAGGUUUGAGUCAGAGGAGGCUGGUGGGAUGAGAUAUAGGAGGACAUGCUCACUGUAAUAGCUGGAAUGGAAUGGAGUCAAACGUGGUUUCCAUUUGGUUGAUGUGUUUGAUAACGUUCCAUUGAUUCCAUUCCAGCCAUUACAAUGAGCCCGUCCUCCUAUAGCUCCUCCCAACAGCCUCCACUGGUUUGAGUAUGUAAGUACAUUAGUCACAUAUCUAGACAGGUACACUGAACCCCUAGGAGGAUUCUAAUUUCCUUAUUACGGCAUACAUACAAGCAUUGAAUUGAUGUGGAGUUCGUUUUGGAUCAAUGAGGACAGAUAUACCGCUGCCCGUGAAAUGUGAAUCUGAAUUUCCAUUCCUGUGUUAAGAAAACAUGUUUUGUUAUUGAA